UAUGCAACCGCCAAACUCUACGGGACAAUGGACAGAAAUUCACUGCGAUUGGUUUGCAGAAAUGCAAAAUUAUCAGAACAGUCUCUACAAAAUAAAUUUUGAUGGAUCCCCAAUAGUGCCAAUGUAUGGGUUGGUGUGCUCAUUCGGAGCUCUUGCCAACUUUAUCGUUCUCCUCGCAUUUGUCAGAACUGCAAAUCUUCGAAACUUGAGAAACAGUUUCAUUGUGAAUUUGGCAUUUUCCGAUUUGAUUCUGUGUGUGGUCACAGCGCCAGUCACUCUCUAUACGAGUUUAAAUUUAUUUUGGCCAUUCGGAGAUUGGUCGUGCAAGUUUCUCGCUGGUGUUCAAGCAGUGAACACAUUUGUUUCAUCACUUACUCUUGCAUUCAUUGCAAUGGAUCGUGUUCUUCUAACACUUUGUCCAGUUCGAUGGAGAUUAGCAGCAACUGCACCACUUUUAUGCUAUGGUGUCGUAUGGAUCAUUUCGAUCAUAGUUGCUCUUCCAUAUGCAUUGGCAGUAAGCUCAAAGUUGGCUCCAUUUGAUCCAUGGAGUGAUAGAGCAACUCCCAAAAUGCUAACCUAUUGCAACCGUCAAGUGCCAGAAAUAUGUGCAGAGAUGCAAGAAGCCUGGGAUAAUGCAAUUGUCUCAAAAACCACGUACACAUUUGUAGUACUUGGUAUUCAAUAUAUUCUACCACUUGCUGCCUUGGCAUAUGCAUAUUUCCAAAUCGGGUCAACAAUUCAAAAACGAUCAAAAGUAUCACGUACAGUGGAUACAACAAGAAGAAUGCAAAUGCAAAAUAGAAAUCGAAGAGCUCUUUUGUUGCUCUUUUUGUUAGUACUCACAUAUGCCGUGUGUUGGGCUCCAAUGAAUAUUUAUCAUGUUUUGAAUGGUCUCGAGAUUAUUAACUAUUCACAAAAUAUGUACAUCUUCUGUCAUUUGGUCGGAAUCUCUUCAACGUGUGUUAAUCCAAUAGUAUAUGCACUGGUCAAUGAAUCAUUUAGAAAUGCUUUACAAUCAAUGAUUCUUCAAUUCCGCCCGUGUUACGUCACAACUACCGGUACAGCAGCCACCAACGUGUAUGCAUAUUCUGCGACUUCGAAGGCGGAAAAUGUCACUUUGAUGCGUGAUCCUUUCUCAACAACUCCUCGUCCAAAUGAACGCCCAGACAGUGUUUGAGUCUAUAACAUAUUCUACUCCAAUUUAAACAUUUUAAUAUGAUUCAUCACGACAUAAUUGUAUUGUAUAUUUCUCGGGUGCCACCGAUUUCUCAACGUUCUCAAUGAAUUUUUUCAUUUGACUUUAUGGUUUGAAAAUGAAUUUUUUAACUGUUUCAAAA